GCAUGCACUAGAAAUUCUUUAAAGAAAAUUACCCAAAAUCCCUUGCCGUUCAUAACUUUUUUAUUCGCCGCCAUAGAAGUAAAAAUUUACGAUUAUUUUUGUGUUAACAAGGAUUUGCUAAUACAUAUGUUGCCAGUGAAUGGAUUUUAGUGAUGAUUAAAGCCUAAUCAUGUAUGACUGAUAGUUUAUGUACUCAUCAGAUUAAACGGAAGUGAUGAUGGAACCGGGUAUUCGAAUUUAAUAUUUUAUUGGGUUCUUAACUUUUUGGCCUGUAUUUCAAUAAUUUAUUGACAGAAAGCUAUGGGAUCUCGAGGAAUACCUCUCGAUAAGAUCAAUUUACGUCUGAUUUUGGUGAGUGGAAAGACAAAGGAAUACCUGUUCUCUCCCAAUGACUCAGCAGCAGAUAUAACAGAAUCUGUGUAUAGGAAUUGGCCAUCAGAAUGGGCUGAUGAGAGUCUACCAUCCAGUAAUAUUCUACGUCUGAUAUAUCAAGGAAGGUUCUUACAUGGAAAUGUAACACUGGGAGCUUUGCAACUACCACAAGGAAAGACAACUGUCAUGCAUUUGGUGCCCAGAGAAAACUUACCAGAGCCAAAUAAUCAAGGACAGUUAAAAAAAGAUAAAAGUGGAGAAAGCAACUGUAGUAAUUGCUGUGUUAUAGUGUGACAACUCAUCAUCUCUUUUUCUUUGCUAUAUGUUGGAGUGAUGGCAUGGACAGUGUUCUGAAAACAAACUGUCAGGCCUUAUACACUGACCAUUUGUCAUGGCAAAGACUCUUGACAACUACAUAUUGACUUUUACUAUAGCUAGUCUGUGAUACCAGUAUAUAGAAGGAACUUUGUAGAGGAUUUUCAGGGAGCAUCUACAGACAUUUUUCUGCAUUGAAUUGCAAGUCACAAUGAGAAGAAUUUAAAAAAAAUGAAAAAAGUGUCAGGUUUCGAAUAUCCUAGGACAAGAUAUUUUUUUCAGAGUUGUGCAGUGUUUGUUUAUUUCUUGUAGAGCUGAAUUAUUGCUGGUUUAAUCAUGCAGAAGCAUAAUAUAAAGUUUUCUAAAUCGAUUUUGAAAAAUUAAAAGAAUGACUAAAGUUAUACACACUAUUCAUAUUUCUAUAUUUGCUAAUUUUGAAAUUAGAAACAAUGAUUUAUCAGAGCAAAAUACCCAGAGGAAAACAAUGUCUAUGUGUAUUUAACAGAGACUAAUUUGGAAAUAGAUAUAUUAUUGUUAGUUUUUGAAACUAAACAGAAUUAAUAUGACAAACUUUAGUAACUAGAUUGUCUUUAUUAGGCAUGGCAGUGAUUUGUAAUUUGAAACAACACUGGUUUUCUUAUGUAAGAAGACCGGAUGCUGGUUUGUGUCUGUUAAGUGAUAUUGGCAGAACAAUUCUUGGAGGAUUGCAUCUUUCAAGGUCAAACAAAGAAUGGGAGAUAUCCCAAUUUGCCAUUUUGUAAUAACAAAGGCCAUGUAACUUCUAGAAAUUGUAAGAGUUAUGAAUCAACUGACAACCAUUGCCUUUAGCAUGCUUAGUGCAUUACUUUCAUUCAGUCUACAUGUUAACUGUAUGAAUUUUUGUUGAAAGGUAUUUUUCAAAAGCUGAAGUUGUUUUAGCAAUUUUUAAAUCUUUCACUCUUAAAAUAUUUGUAAAGAGGUAUAGCGCAUUUGCUGCCGAUACAGCCGACUCAGAAAUCUAAAUGGAAAACACCGGUUUCCAAUAAUAGACUGGCGUGUUAUAUUUAAAUAUGAACAGUACAAUAUUUUCAUAGACCUGUGCAUUCAUAUUGCACAACAACCCUUUUACAUAUGGCAUUACUUAACUCACUGUUCUGACAUGACUGCAGGGCCUUUAAUAGAUGUCAUCAGUUCAUUUGCCUUUGGUUGAUAAUUCGAGUGUUUAUCUUUGCCUAAAUAUUAUAUGACAGUUGCUACAUGAGUUUUUAUUUUUUUUUUUUUUUUUUUUUGAGAAGUCAAACUGUAUAACAGUUCUUUUCCUCUCUUGACUUAUUUUUACUUAUUACAUGCUGUGCAUUUGUGUCCUUUUUCUUGUAGUAUUUGUUUAGCUUUUCAUCAGUCACAUUACGGUUUGAAAUUCCUGUGCACACAGGAACAUGUUAGUGUAAACAAGCGAAACUACAAUGAUCUCGGAAUAAAUUCCCUUUCUUUAAGUCGUAACUUGCAAAUAUUAGAAGUUAUGAUGAAAAUGACUAAUAUUUGUUAUAAUAUAUGUAUCACAUUUAACCCCCCCCCCCCCCCUAAAAAAAACAACCCCAAAAAAUGAAAAGCAAAAGAAAAAAAAAUUAGAUUGGAAAAAUAUUGGACUUGAACUCAGGGAAUGUAUGGUUUAAGUGUAAGAUUACCGAGCACCUAAACCACUAGGCCACCCAGGCUUGUAAGUUUAAAGGUUUAACUUUUGACAGGCUGCUAAAUCUCCAGGUAAAUUUUGAGAAAGAUUUUUUCUUAUUUUAUCCAUUUUCAUCAAGAGGACCACCUUAAACCAAAUUUCCUCAAACGGACUUAUAUACAGUCAUAAGCAGGUAAAACAACUUCAGUGAUUUAUUUCUGGUUUAAGGUGGCCUUUUGCAACAGUUUGCAAUUUUUUAUGCCCAUUACGUUACAUCUACUAUAUAAUCACGGUGAUGUUUAUGCUUGUCAAAUAAAUAUACUAUCAACAUAUCGAUAUCUUUAUUAAGUAAUUUGGGUAAACACAAGUAUAAACUGACAUUGUAUAGCAGACUAUUUGUAAAAAAUGAUAUUCAAGAAAAAGGUAUUUAUGUAGGCGAAAUUGCAUACCAAGUGCGCUAUACCUCUUCGUUGAUUAUUCAAAUGAAUGUGCUGCUAAGGAGAUAAUGAAAUUUUAAAAGAUUCUAAGGACAAUUUUGGUCCAGGAAUGGGAUAAUUAUUUUGAAAUGAUUAUUUUAGCAUCAACCUCUCAUAAAUCCACCCACUUACUAUUAUAGCAAAAUUAAAGAGGAGGAGUUGCUUUGAAUGCUAUGUCUGGAAGAUCAUAUUUAUUUUUUGUAGCUAUUAAAAUCAGAGGAGUAUGAAAUGUUCUGAAGUUAAUUUUGAAAAACGAUUUAAAAUAUAUUCCAUGUCAGUGAGGACAUUUUUAGCAUAAUUAUGUGUAACAGAUGAAAAUGGAAUUUGUCAAAGCAUACAAUUGAUCAUUGUGGAUUGAAUGAUUUGAUGCAAGAUGCAUGUAUUACAAUAAAAAUUAUUUGAAAGUUCAGUAAUAUGAAAUUCAUAGCAUGACAUAAUUUUUACAAUUUCUGCUUAGCAAAGUCUUUGUUAUGAUUAAUGAUAAGGUGUUAAAUGUACACAUUUUAUUCCAGUUACAGUAUUCUCUUUAUUCCCAGAGUAAUUUUUUUUACUCAGUUUUGAUUACACACAGUCCUAUGUUUUUGCCUACAAGUUAUGAGAUGUAUUAUUUCUGGUCAAUAGAUGCAAUAAGAAUAUUUAGGAAUGUACUGUAACGAAAUUGAAGCCAUUUUUAGCUCACCCGAGGUGAAAGCUCAAGUGAGCUUUUCGAUCACCAUUUGUCGUCCGUCUGUCCAUAAACUUUUAACAUUUUUGACUUCAUCUCCAGAACCACACUUGCCACAAAGCAUGCUCGGGUAAGAGGAUUCAAGGUUUUUCUAAUUAAGUGCUGCAUCCUUUUUGAAAUGGAGAUGGUCAAGAAAUGGCAAAUAUAGGGUAGGGUCUUUUAAAAAUCUUCUUAAGAACCACUUGGUCAGGAAAGUUGAAAUUUACAUGAAAGCUUCCCGACAUUAAAUAGAUAUAAGUUUGUUCAAAUCAUGACCCCAGGGAGUAGGGUGGGGCCACAAUAGAUCGGAGAUUUACAAGGGUUAUAUUAGAUUACAAGGGUAUCUAUAGGAAAAAUCUUGUAUUCAAUAACAACAGGACCAUGGUUGGUCAUAUGAAUAUGCAAACAUACCCAGAUAGUGCAGAUUUAAGUUUGUUCAAAUUGUGGUCCCCCAAAAGGAGAAUGGACUGCAAUAGAGGAUCAUAGUUUAACAUGGCAAUAUUCUGUAUAUAGGUAAACGUUUUUAAAAAUCGUAAUCUCAAUAAAAGCAGGGUCAUGAUGAGUCAUAUUACUAUGCAAGCAUCUACAGGUAGUUCAAAUUCAAGUUUGUUCACAUCAGAGGCCCUAGGGGUAGGGUGGGACCAAAAUCUGAGAUCAUAGUUUUAUAUGAGAAUAUAGAGGAAAUGAAUUAAAACAAAUUCUUUUCAAGAGUAGCAGGGCCACACUAAAUUAUAUCAAAAUACAAAUGUUCCCAAGUUGUGUAGAUUAAAGUGUUUUUUAUUUCCCAGCAACUAUAGUCGGGGGAAAUAUUGUGUUUGUCCAGGCUGUCUGUCUAAGUCUAACCUUGCUCUUAACUUUUGAAUGGUGAUUGAUAGGGCUCUCAUAUUUAAGUCUCCCAAACGAAAUUUGGAGAUUUAUUGUUUUUGCGUGGUUCUUCUUCUUCUGCUUCUUUCUCGCGCCUAAAACUGUUCGACACCAUUCUCCAUAACCAGUUGAUGAAAGUAAUAGAUAUUCAAGGACAUCAUUAGGCCAAUGUAUCUAGAUGUGCAAAAAUGUGUUUUCAGAUUGAAAGGGGGUUAGGGUACAUUCAAAUAGGGGGUGGGGUUUCACAUAGAACUCUAUGGGGGGAAAUUAAUUCCAAAAUUCAACAGAUAUAACUUGACAAAUAUGAUAGAUAAAGUCCUGGGGUCUUCAGAAAUGAAUAGAGAAUGGCAGGGCCAACAAAUCAGUAUCAAGUGACUCCAGUGACCUUGACCUCUGACCAUGAACAUAAAAACUGGUAUAACUUCAAAACUGGUACUAAUGACAGGACCUACAAACUAGUAUUUAAGGUCAAGUGACUCCAGUGACCUUGACCUUUGAGAACAUAAAACUGGUAUUACUUAAGAACCAGGGAUAGAGACAUUUGGUCUUCAGAAAUAAUGAAAGGAUGAGAUCUACAAAUCAGUAUGAAGGUCAAGUGACCUCAGAUCAUAAACUUGGUAUUACAUAAGAACUAGGUCUGAGAAAGAGAUGCAAUCUUCAGAAAUAAUUAAAGGAUGCUGGGAUCUACAAAUUGGUAUCAAGGUGAAGUGACUCCAGUGACCUUGACCUCUGACCCUAAAUAUAAGUCUGGUAUAACUUUAAAAUUGGGACUGAUAGAGACAUGGAAUGUUCAGAAAUGAUAAAAGGGUGUAGUGACCUACAAACUAGUAUCCCCAUUGACCUUGAUUAUAAAAACUUUUAUAACUUUAGAACCAGGACUGAUAGAGACAUGGGAUCAUAAAAAAUGAUUAGAGGAGGUUGGGACCCACAAACUAAGGUCAAAGUCAAGUGACACCAGUUUUACUGAAGGGGGAAAAAGGGGUUUUUUUUGAAAAAUUUCAAAAUCAAAGCCUUCUGUGAUUUAGAUUUUUUAAAUGAAGUUAAAACUAGCAUGGAUUUUGUUAAGGGAGGAAAAUAGUAGUACUCAGAAAAAGCCACUUUUAUACAGCCAGUACUUCGUUUGGGAGACUUUAUAAUUGGUAGAUUAUAAUCAUAUCUUGUUCAUAUGUGCAUUCAUUGGGACAAGACGUUUUGUCAUGGCAACAAAGUUUUCAAUCUUGUGACCUACUUUUAAGAAAACCUAACCUAUUCAAUAUCUUCUGAACUAUUUAAGAUAGAGCUUUCAUAUUUUCUAUUUAGAUUUCUUAUGGCAAAACCUUUCAUUUCUUGCUAUGAUGUGUGACCUUGAUCUUCUCCAGAAUAACAAGGUCAUGUUGGUCAUAUUUGUGUGAAUUCAAAUUUGGUUAUGUCCUGACCUUUUGGGGUUAGGUUUGGACCACAAUAUGGGGUCUAAUAUUUCAUGGGAAUAAAGAUUAAAAAAAAAAAUCACAACAGCAAAGCAACAGGAAGACCAUGUUGACUCGGGUGAGCAAAGUGACCAAUGAGCCUCAUGUUAUAUUUAUAUAGUAGAUGUUGCUUAAAUUGAUAAGAAAUUACAACUCUCAAAAUUAUUGAUAUACAUUGAUGUCUUAAAUUUGGUAAAUUUGAUACCCACCAGAAAUACCUGCUAUAUGGUAUUAUGUACAACACAUGUAAAACAAUAAAUUACAGGUACAGUAAAACAUAGAGUGAACCUGCAUGGCCAGCAAAUCACAGUUCUUUAUAACCAAAUUUUGUUAUAUUAGAAACAAUUUCAUUAUUUUCUUCUCAUAGAGGAAUAAAAAUCACUUCAUUUUAAGCUUGUUUUCCUGUAAAUGCAUCCAACAAUGUGAGGAAGCAUGUAGUGCCUGUAAUUUUUACAAGGAAGUCCCAUUUCAUUUUGAGUGAACAAUAUACAUUGAUCUUAAUUACAAUAGUUGUUCCACAAGUUCUUGAAACAAGUAACAAGUCAAGAAGGCCUAAUAUCAGAAGCAAAUAUGGUGAAGAUUUGGUUAAUUUUGAAGGGAUUUAAAUUUUGCCUCCACUGAGAAAUUUGAACUUUAGUGCUUCUUAAUGAAUCUUUGUUAAAAUUUCCAAAUUGCUUCUAAAGCAUUUGUUGAUAUCGAUGAAUAUUUGUGUAAUAAAACCUGUAUUUUUAUCUAUUUGUCAAUGACAUUGCAAUAGAAAUUCUAAUGCUAUCACAUUUUAUUAUACACACACAUUUAACAUACAUGUAUUUAAAAGCGGAAAAUAAUGUCUCUUUAAAUAUAUGAAAAUAGAAUUUAAUUAAAAUACUUGAAUGUUCCAAGUAUAUCUAGCAAUUGGUUGGACCAACAAUUUUUUCAACAGAUGAGUGUAUUAAGUUUACCACGACUAUAAACACUUGUAUUUUUCAUAUUUAAAUGCAUAUACACUGUACAUGUGUUGACAUGUAUAAUGUUUUUGUGAUUUUUCUAAACUUAACAACACUUAAUACAAAAUCAGAAACUGAUUGGUUAUGGAUUUUAAAUUUGAGAGCUUCUUUGCCCAUUGUAGAAUAUUGCCAUUCAAGUAUUUAUAUUUGUAUAUUAGAUAACUACAACUUGUACAAGCCAAUAUUUUAGCUCACCUGAGCCAAAGGCUCAAGUGAGCUUUUUUUAUUUAUCGAAAUCCUCUGGUGUCUGUUGUCAUUAAAUUUUCACCUUUUCAUCUUCUUCUCCAGAAUCCAUGGGCCAGUUUCAAUCAAACUUGGCAAAAAUUACCCUUGGGUGAAAGGGAUUGAAGUUUGUUCAAUAAAGGUUCUAGCCUCAAUCAUCCAAACAUUUGUGUAUACUUACCACAAACGUCUGGACUCUGUUUAGUAUUUUUUCUUAACUCAAAGCACAGUUUUUCAAAAUUUUAAUAAAGAUACCAAUUGACUAGUUCAUAAAGGUUAUACCUGCUCCCAUGGGAAACUUUAGAAAACUUAACCUAGGAAAUAUCUCCUGAACUAUUUACAGUAGGACUUUCAUAUUUUGUAUAUAGAUUCCUUGGGACAAAACUUUAUAUUUCAUACCAUGAUCUUUGACCUUGCAAUUGGUUCUUGUCCAUUUUUAACUUCUUCAUAACUAUCAUUCCAAUUCUUUUCAAAUUUGUUAUGAAGCAUCUUUGGGAUAAGGGGGACAUAAAUUGUAAAUUUCAGGACUCCUGGGGCCCUAGGGACGGGGCAAAAACUGCCCAAAAUUGACCCAAUUUUCAAAAAUCUUAUCCUCUAGAACUGCACAUGUGUAAGAAAAACUAAAUGCAUAGUGAUGUAGAGUAGGAAGACCUUUACCAAAAUUGUAAAUUUCAUGAUCCCAGGGUAGGGGUUCUGAUCCAGGGUGGGGCCAAACAUAGUAUAUAGUGUUUUUGUGUAAAACAUUUAAAUAAAAUCUUAUUUAGUGCUAUUGAAACUAAAUGGAUAUUUAGAAUGAGUACCAAAAUUGUAAAUUCCAUAAUCCUAGGGGUAGGGGUUUGAAGGACUUAUUUAAGUUUGCUGAUACUUUGUAAAAUCUAAAUGCAUACUUAGGAAUAGCAGAAAAGGAUGUACUAAAAUGGUGAAUUUCACAACCCAGGGUUUUGACUCUAGGAUGGGUCCAAAUUAGUCAUAUCUUUUAAUGUUAAUGCACGUAUUAUAUUAUGUAAAACCUUUCAUCAGUGUAUGCACUUUUGAGGGCAUUGAAGUUUUAAGAAUACAUUUCUUAUACUGUUGCUGAACAUUAGAAUUUAGCUUAGAUAUUCAGAUCAGGAAAUUUUUUCUAGAUUUAAUAGCCCUUGGGAGUAGUGAUACUUUUCACUAGUACUCAGGUGACCGAUAAGGCAUCUUGACCUCAUAGUUAGGCCCAAAUUUCAAAACUUUGGAAUGGUGAGUUAUGGGACUUUCAUAUUCCAUACAAUGUAUGUACAUUUUUUGUGACAAGACCUUUCUUUUGGUACCAGACUUUGUAAAUUUGACUUUGGAAUUUGACCUACAUGUACUUUUAAGAAAAUAUGAAUGAAGCAAAGUCUCAUGAACUAUUUUAAAAUAGAUAAGGCUUUUAUAUUAUGUAUAUACAUUCUUUAUGACAGGAAAUUACAUUUAAUACCUUUGAGUAUGACCCAAUUUCAAAACUUUAAUGAAAAAUUUAACCUUGUCAUAACUUUUGAAUACUGAAAUUGAUUGGAUAAUGUUUAACGUCCCUCUCAAGAAUAUUUCACUCGUAUGGAGACUUCACCAUUGCAGGGCUACAAAAUUUAGGCCUAUACUCGGCACUUAUGGCCAUUGAGCAGGGAGGGAUCUUUAUCGUGCCACACCUGCUGUGACACGGGACCUCAGUUUUUGCAGUCUCAUCUGAAGGACUGCCCCAUUUAGUCACCGUCUACGACAAGCAAGGGGUACUGAGGACCUUGUGUAACCCAGAUCCCGAAAGGAAUUGAAUGCUGAGUGAUAGAUCUUUCAUAUUUCAUGUAUGCAUUCCUUGUGACAAGACCUUUCUUUUGGUACCAAAGUUUUUAACCUUGUAACCUUGACCUUGGAGUUUGAUCUACUUUUAAGAAAGAUUACCCUAGGCCAUAUCUUAAAUUGUCUAAGGUAGGACCUUCAUAUUUUGUAUAUAGAUUCCUUAUGGCAAGACCUUUCAUUUUAUAUCAUGAUCUUCAACCAUGUAUCACGGUUAUAUUGGAGCUAGGUUGGGGGCCACAAUAUGGGUUUGACAUUUUUCAUGGGGCUAAAGAUUGAAAAAAAAAAAUCUUGAAAAUCACAACAGCAUGCAUAGCCAAGAUGACUCUGGUGAGCAAUGUGGCCCAUGGGCCUCUUGUAUUUCAGAGUCACUGCAAUUGAGAAUUUUAUCAUGAUGUGUAUCAAUAGUUCAUGCUAGAUUGCUUUAAGAUAUGCUCCCUGCAUAAGGAAGAACAUAUAUUCAUGACUUGUUUCAGUACAGUAAUUAGAAGGAAAGAAGUACAUUGUACUGUAAACCAACUUUCAUUGCAAAAAGUGUACAUAAGAUUCAUGAAUACUCCUUUUUCAUGAAUAUUUGUCAUUGUCACCCAAUCAUUAAGAAUAAAGUGUUGAUGUCUACUCGCUCACGUGAACACGUUUCCGAUCAAUGAAUUGCAAAUAUAGGUAAACACGAAUAAAAGUUGGUUAACAGUGAUUAUCAAAUAUUAGGCAUCACCCAAAGAAAUUGUAUUGGAGGAAAAGUACAAAAUCUGCAUAAUUAUAAUCUUACAGGAUAGACUUUACUUAUCUAGCUAAAGUUUCAUUGUAAAAUCGUUAAGAGAAAAACCACUAUGGGACGCAAAGAUAUGAUAAUUCAAAGCCUCGCUGAGCUAACCAGAUAGGUGGCAAUAUUUAAAGGGAAAAGGAAUAUAUUACUGAUGUUUAUUUAUGCAUUUAUGACACACUUUGUUUUGAAAUAUUGUGACUAAGAUGAUGUAGGAUAUAUGUAAUACAUUCAUAGUAAGUGUCCUUAAAGGUUAACUUGUAAAUUUACAUUGUGUCAAUCAGAGAGAGUCGUCAUGAAACAAGCCAACCUAGAGACGACAAAGUUGGUGCUCAACCUAAAAAUUUGAAUGUAGUGAUUUGUUAUAUAUCUGUAAAUUUCUAGACCUGUAUGUAUAUCUUGUUGAAUUUUUUGUGUAGUUGAAUCCAAUUCCUCACAUUUAUUAUGCUGUGAAGUGCAAUACAUGUUAGCACAACAAAAUGCUGCCAUGUAUGACAAUGCAGACCAUUGUAUGUAGUUGGAGAGAACUUUAUCUUUUUAUUGUUGAGAAAACAAGAUUUUGUGAUACAUAGUUUCGUUAUAUACACUUAUAUAUUGCUGUCAUGUCAAUGGCUGUCCAUGAUAGCCUCUUUAUUGUCUGCUUAUUAAGGGCAGGUCAUUCAAUGAUACAUGUUGUGGAUCUGUCAGAAAAAAAAUAUUAAAUUUUUUUUAAUGAUA